AUGCCUGUUCAAGUGAAUGUUACACCCUGCGAAAAUCCUGCCCGUUCAACUCCAUCAGCCGUUGAUCCGUGUGAAGCAGAAUAUAGUUUCCCGUUGCAUGAGCGCAUUAAAAAUACUUUUAUGUUAACCGCCUUACUGAUUGUCGUAGACUGCUACGGAAAUGAGCACUUAGCCAGAGCACUUCUCGAUUGCGUUUCCCAACCCAACAUAAUAUCGGAGAGAAUGGCUCAAAUACUUCGACUGAGAAGAAAACGAGUAAACGUAUCGAUCUAUGGUGUCGGAAAUAAACCCCAGUAUGCUACAGAAUCUGUGUUAACAGAAAUCCGUUCAAGAAAAGAGAACUUUGCACUCAACGUAGAUUUCCUAGUGCUGGAUAACAUUAUGCCCCAGUUGCCGGCUCAAGAUAUUCCUAUUGAGCAUUGGAAAGUUUCCAAAAAUUUGUUCCUCGCUGACCCCGAUUUCAGCAAGUCGUCCGGAAUUGACAUGAUCAUUGGCAACGCGCACUUCUUCUCCUGUUUCAAAACUUCAGCAAAAAUCCAACUUCCUAAACCGCUCCCAUUGCUAGUAGAUAGUGUGUUCGGCUGGCUGGUCUCAGGCACAGUGGAUAUAACGCGACCCGAUAAUGGAACCUCAUCAUGCACUGUAACCACCGUUUCGUUAGUAGCACUUGAGGACAGUUUAGAACGUUUCUUGAAAAUUGAACACUUGCCAGACCAGCCAAAUUACUCAAUGGAAGAGAAGCAAUGCGAGGAGUUAUACUCUGCUACCGUUAUGAGAAACGAGACAGGAAGAUACGUAGUACGUCUCUCUCGUCGCCCAAAUUUUGAGAAAAUAGUAGGAGAAUCCAAAAAUUGUGCCUUUCGUAGAUAUAUGCUACUGGAGAAACGAUUAGAGCGUAAUCCAGCAUUGAGAGAGGAAUAUCGAAAAUUCAUUGAAGAAUAUAUUGUGCUUGGCCAAAUGAAGACGGUCCCGAUCCCCAACAUCACAAAGGUUGUUUCCUCCCUCACCAUCCCAUAA